CAUCGUCAGUGCGCCCCAAGACACGGCAGAGGAAAGGUGUAGAGGAUGCCGUUCGGCUCCCAAACCUAUUAGGAACAUUUUCCGCCGGGCAGAAACCCAUAUUUAGGACGGUCCUUUGUUAACCUUAAUUCGCGAGGAAUAAUUUGCUGCACAGAUGCUCCAUGAAUAUACUUAAUGGCUUGGAACAUGUAGUGUACUCAUGAGUUCCCUGUUUCGUUUAAUUUCGGUGCAUUUAAUUUCUGUUCAAGUACAAGAGUGAAUUUGCCAACGGAUGAGGGUCCUUGCAAGAUUGCAUGACACAGGAUGAGCCCCUUUUAAGCGAUACAAAAACAGCGGAGAAGCGUUCAUGGCGGAGGUUGAAGUAGUCGCUCUGUGCCCACGCGGAGACUCCCUUCACCCGCCGCCCGAGGUCACGGAUCAGGUCACGGCAGCAGCGCGGGUCAAGAUGCUGUCGGGUCCUCACGCGUCGAGAAUCGUUCGGAAAUACAGGAGGACGCGGCUGCAGCAGGUCAAGAGGCAAGAGUACAAAAAGUUGCGGAACAUGGUGCCGGCGCUGCAGGAGAAAAACCGAGUGUCGAAGGUGGAGGUGAUUGAGGCGACUAUCCAGUACAUCGACGAACUCCACUUGGCGCUUAUCAAGAGGUUCCGGAGCAGAGGGCUUCCGGCGACGCUUAGAGACCUGCCAGUGGAGGCCCACGACGUGCACGGGGGGAACAUCCGGGAACUCAUCCGACAUCUCCUGGCGACCUGCAACCCCGCCUCCCUCCCCCCCACCCGCAUAGAGAAUGCCCGUACCCUCCCUUCCUUUAUACAGAAACUGUGCAAAAGGAGGAGUUGAAAGGGAGAGGGAGAAAGGGAAAGGAAGGAAGGGAGAAAAGAAAGAGAGAGAAAGAGAGAAAAGAACGGACAGAAGAGAGUAAGAAAUGGGAGAAGAGGGAUGUGUAAAACCGAAGUGGAGUGAGAUAGAGACAAGGGAAAAGGAAAAUAAGGAAAUGGAAAAAAAAACGAAAGAAAGAGACAGAAAGAGAGAGUUGGGGGGACACGCGCUUAGAAACUAGUUAAUAAAAGUGGAAAAGAGAAUUUAAUAUAUAGAAAUAGAUAAUAUACGAGUGAGUCAGCUCGGUGCAAACCCCCAUCACUUCUGCCAGAACAGACUGAAAACGUGUUCAUGCUAAGGUUCCUCUCCCCUUGGACCAAGGCCAACUAGUCUUAGACUUUUCUUUGGGAAUUUCUAUUAUUUUUCGUUUUUAUUCUGUGAAAUAAAAAAAGAGAGAGUGUGAGCGUGGAAUUCUCACGAAUGUCUUUCAUCAUAGUUUUGCUGUUAUUUUUAAUUGCGUUACCCAUUUUUUUUUUUUAAUGUGUGUUAUGUAUGUAUAUAAAUACCCCCCAGUGAUGCAUAGGCGCUAUUAUUUAAUCUCCGAAGCUUGCAUAAUCUUCCCUGGUUUUUCGUUGCCGCUGUCUCUGUAUCGGCAACAUGUAGCAAAACCGCCAGGAACUUUAUCUUGUGCAAUGUAACACUGCAGGUAUCAUUUGCCACGAGGGAAAGUCCGCAUCACCUUGCAGAAGGGAAAAUUGCCAGCGAUGAAAAUGCAACAUUGCAAUGGAAUUAUAAUCAUCCGCUGUUACGUACCAGCUCUGAUAGUAUGAUGGAAGAUGAGAAGUUGCAGCUGAAGUUUUUUGGUGAAGUGUCUGUGAAGUUACCGCAAGACCGGAUUCAGAAGCUUUCAGACUGUUUUUCUGUUUCUUUUUUUCCUGUCAAUUCUCUUUCUCUUUUUUUUAUAUAUCGGGAAGGUGAUUUUUGAUUCGUGUUAAGUCUCUCAAAAUAUGACUUUCGUUCUCAAUUGUCAUGGUAUCAAUUUCGGUUUUAAUCAGGAGUGUGUGGGGAAGGGGGUGGGGGGGUGGGGGUUAAUGGGAGAGUUAUCGUAAAAGAUUUUAGGAAAUAAAAAAAAAAUCUAAUGAUAACAAGGUGACCGUCGGAAGGCAAUCAAGCGCAUGACAUAUUUUCAAACAUAUGUACGUAACUUCACUACAGACAUGUUUUUAAAUUAUCGGAAUGUAAAGUUAUUGUACUCAGUAUAAAUUUUAAAAUUGAAACGAAUUAAGAAACGUUAAAAAAAUUACCUUCUAUUCUUUCUCAGAUGUAAAGGAAUCCCAUAUCUAAAAGAAAUAUAUACACAUUCUUUACAUAAAUUAUAAAUUUUGUCUUUAUAUAUACAUACAAUAUAUACCUAUAUACACAACAACCGGACGCUCAUAGGCAUUCCAUUUAAAGACCACAGCGCAUUCUGUAUCAAUAUUAAGUGUACAGACAUCGCUAGUUUCUAUAACUAACGCAAAUGGUGAUAACAUUGCUUUAUAUUUCAUAUAAUUGUGCCAAAUUGUGUACAUAAUGUAUAGAAUAUUGUUAGUACUUUUAAUUCACAAAGGAAGUAAAAUAAAUACAGUUUAUACU